AUGACUAGUGCAUCGAGGAAAAUUAACUCCCGUCGCCGCCUGGCCGCUUUUACAUUCCUAUCUAAUAUUUCUUUAGAUGGAACACACCGUGAUACAAAUCUUGGGCAAUUUAAUUUCAAUUUCCACUAUAAUAAAUCCACAAGCAAACAGCAUGCACCUGUUGAGCCCGGAGAGAAGAGUUCACCGAAUAAAUACACUGAAAAAUCGAACUGUGAAAAGAAUUUUUAUGUAGAUAAUAGAGAACAUACUGAAAUUAAACCUACAGAAAAUGAGGCUAAAUUAUUUCGAAGAGAAUCCGAAGAUAAAAUUAUUGAAAACUUUCGUCAUUUUGAAGAGCAUUUGCAGACCAAAAGCAGAGACAGAGUUCAUAAAUUUGUUCAUGAUGCCAAGGCACGCCUGUGUAACUUAAGUCAAAAAAGAAAAUUUUUACUGCAUCAAAAAUCCACAGAAUCAUAUGGAUUACCAACGGGAACAAGUACAGAAAGUCUUGCCGUUUCUGGAUGUCGAAGUAGAAAAUCAUCACUUUGUCCAUCUGAAUGCUCUGUUCCAGCUGCAGCAGAAGUUAGAUUUUUAAAAAACUUAAAUGAACAUAAGAAUGAAGGAGAAAGAAUGAUUUUAAUUGGUGAAAAGAAAGCACCAGUUGCAGUGUUCUCUAUAUUACCAUUUAGUCGUUGCCAGGCUUCUAAAGGAGAUUCUAAACUUGAAGGAAGUAGAAGACGUCAUACUUCUAGCUUGCGUCAAUUAUCUGUCAUUACAGAUGGCUAUGAUCCACUUGAUUUAAUUGCUCUUUUAGGUGUUGAAAAACCACAGGAUGGCCAGGAUAUAUCAUAUGGUGAACUACUCAUGCCUACAAAUGUUGUGAAAAAAGUUAUAAGUUUUGAUUCCUGGAGUGAGCCAGAAAAUAAUUUUAGGUUUUCGCCUCCAAUGUAUUCAAAUGCUAGCUCUACGGACCAUGUAUCUCGAUUCCAGAUGAAGUUGGGUUCCACACCUCCAAAACAUUUAGAAAAAUAUUUAGAACGGGACAAAAUACUUCAUGGACAUCAAUGGUACUCCCAUUUGCAGUACCAUCCAUAUUUACUAGAUGAUCCAGAGUUAAUUGCUGGCAAGCACAGCACAUUGCUAGUUUUUUCAUCAUAUGUUACAUCUGUGAUAGAUUAUGUCAAACCAUCUGAUCUGAAAAAAGAUUUAAAUGACAAAUUUCGUGACAGAUUUCCUCAUAUUCAACUGACUCUCAGCAAACUGAGAAGCUUGAAACGAGAAAUUUCCAAAAUAGGUCGUCUUGAGUGCAAUAUGGACUUUUCUAUCAUUGCUCAAGCUUUUGUCUACUUUGAGAAACUUAUCUUAAAGAAUUUAGUCAACAAGCAGAAUAGAAAGUAUUGUGCUGGUGCCUGCCUUUUGCUUUCUGCAAAGCUCAAUGAUGUUAGAGGUGCAGAACUGAGGAUUUUGCUUGAGAAAAUUGAAAAUAUAUUUCGAAUCAACCGCAAAGAUCUGCUGUGUCUAGAAUUUGGUGUUCUUGUUGCUCUGGAAUUCUCUUUGCUCUUAAAUACAGCUGAAAUUCUCCCACAUUACCAAAGACUUGUCUAUGAAUCUUAAGGUUUUGAAUGUUAACUAAAUCUUUUUUUUGAUGAAAUGUGGGCAUUUAAAUCAAAUUUGAUGGAAUCGUUACUUCUCUUUUUGCUUCUACUAUUGAAUUGUUACUUGAUAAUUGUUAUAAAUGUUAAAGUACUUAUACAUUCAUAGAAUAUUGUUAUACAUGCACAUAACUUUUACAAACGUUUCUAUUAACUGUUGUACCCAUUUAGCACAUAUACAUCUUUGUUAAGUUUUUGUUUAGUUGCUGUUAAGAAGUUUGUGUUCCAGAUGUUUUAUAUAUUAGCAGUGCUUUUUUUCUAGCUGGUGUGCAUUAGGACUAAGCCAGAAAUAUAACAGUAAGCAUCAAA